AUGUCCUUAUUGUCUGCCCAGGCCCUCUCAAUAGUCUCUUCUCUUCAGGAAAUAAAAAUGGACAAACUCAGAGGUAGGGUGAGGGCAGGGAGUCGGUUCAGCAGAGAUUCUUACAUUCCGGCGGCGAGGCUGGCUGAUGGCAGGCCAGGCCCCAUCAUGGGCGCCAGGGUGCUAGGGGCAGCCACUCCACUAUCGGACAAGGCACCCCAGACCCCCAGGACAGCCGAGUGUCUGCUGCCUCUGUGGCCCAGCCCAAGUUUCAUUUCCCGGGUGGGAGAAGGGAGACAAGAAAAAGAACGCGGAGGCCUCAGGGCCCAGAGUGGCCACGAGGCUCUGUCUGCCUCUCAGUGUCCAGCAGCACUGUCUGGGUUCCCCCUCCCUCUGCUCUGUUCUGCCCAGCGAGGGGCAGGGCCACUCUGA